UGAUACCUUAGUUAUCUACAAGGUCAAUCUUUUAAAUGGAGCCGAAAAUUGAAAAGACUAGUUCCUUUUCAAAAGCUUUAAAGAAUACAGAGUUCACCAUUGAAGAAUAUCUGAAAACUGUGUUUCAAGAAAAAUUACUGGUGUAACUCUUGUUACUAUCUUUAUUCAUUUUUAAGUAAUGCACCUGCAGACGAAGAUAGAAACUUAACUAAUUCUACCAAACUUCUAGAAAAAUAUAAGGAGCUAAAAAAUGUUCAAAGCGCACUUACGGCCAAAAAAGAGGAAUUUAGGGUUAAAAUGGAAUGUAUGCAAAGAAGAAGAGAAGACCUGGAGAAAAAAGAGUGUGAACUUAAAGAAUCACUCAUAAAGUUUGACCAGUUCUUCAAAGAUAAUGAUGAAAAGAGAGUAAGAGCGACGAAAAAAAUAUCAACAGAAAAAGGCUUACAACAGCAAAAGCAAACUGAAAUCAAUAUUCUAAAUGACGAUAUUGCGAGAUUUACCAAAAUACGUGAAAAGGAAGAAAGAAAGGUCAAGUCGCUUCUUAAAUAUCGGCUUUUUCUGGAGUCGGUUGUUAAAAUGUCCGAUGAAUUUUCUGAUAUUUAUGAGCUCAUAUCACGAUACGAUGCUCUGAAAGCCAACUUAGAGGAUCUGAGAAAUUCAGAUGCAAAAGCACAGAAACUUAUAGACAGCAAAAGCAGUGAACUUGUUCAUUUUAAAAAGACAAAACAAGAUGAGAAACUCUCUCUAACUAACGAAAUAGUUGAGCUUCGUAAUCACUUGGAGUUGCAGCAAAUGAGUGGGAGAAAUAAAGAGACUCAGUGGGAACACACAAGAGACUUAGCUGCUAAUCGCAUAUAUGAACUUAGCACCAUAGUUAUAGCUGUUGCUAAUAUGUAUACUAUUGUACGAUCACAUCAGAAGUAUGGCGAAUCAGCCAAGCCCAAUGAAACUUGUAAACAACUAAGAGCAAUUAAAACGUUUAUUCAAACCUUAGUCAAGAUAAUCGAGGAAGUAACACAAAAACAUUAACGAUUCCGAUUAUCAUAUUUCAUCAAAUAUUACAUACCAUGCAAAAUAAAUAAUUACUUAUGUUUUGUGUGAACUGUUCUCAACAUUUUUAAUCUUACAAGUGUUUGUUUUCUGCUUUUUAUGAUUACGAAAUUGUGCUGCUGUUACAUCAGCUUGAAGAAGUCAAGUAUACAAUAACAUCAACAUGAGUCUACAGAGAUUUCCCUUAGCGAUUUUACACUUGAGCCUCUAUUUCAUGGUGUUAUUAAACAUGUGAGAUCAAAUAAACUGUUUGUUGAUUUUGAUUAAAUUGAAGUACAAUUUGUGUAUGAAACAAACGAAGAAGUGCUAAUAAGGAGGUUUUUGGUUUCUUUUUCUCCAACUCUGAUGCAUUCAUAAUAACUCUUAUGUACAAGUCUCUAACCCUUUGUGAUAUUUGUACGAUGUUAUCUAUUACCAUUCAUUACGAUCAACUAUUUUGUCAGAGUUUUUCCUUAUUGGUGUUUUAUCAAUCAGUUAGACGCUUGACCCCAUUCAUAUGUAAGUACGAGUAGUAUUUGUUCAAUCUUUUCUCUGUCUGUGCUAAACUUUACAAUGUCUGUUGCGAGCUUCAUCAUGAUGAAUAUAAUUUUGCCAC